GCUGUACAUGUUCGGUGAAGCACGAAGAGUUCAACUUCGACGCAAAUAGGAGCCUCAAAAAUGAAUCGUUUGCUGUUCACUCUGGCCGUUGUCGUUCUGAUGGCUGCACAUGGUAAGUACUGUUUAACUUUGGAAUUUGAAAGGUAGAUUUAUCGCACAGGGAAUGUUGUGUCUUGUUAAAAGCAUCGCUGAAUGAUGCGACAUUGAAACAUAUUAAACGGCCGCCAACUAACCGUCAAGUAUUUUCGUUGGCUUCGGCCGCCAGCAUGACAGGCUUUCUUCCCGUCAACCGUACAGUAAUCCUUGAAAAUGCAUGUAACAGCUUUCGUUUAUGUUUUAGUAUGAAAAUAUAUAAUCUUAAGUUGAACUAGGAGAAGAAAUCCGCGUUGAAAAUCAUUCAGGUCUCAGUUAGUUUUGAUUGUUUCCAAAUGAUUUCUGUGCUAUGGAUGGACUCUGAUUUAGGCUCGACUUGAUUUGUUCAGAAUCAUAACUCAGUCCUACCGCUCUUUUCUGUUUGUUCUUUGAAAUUUUGGGGAUGUAUGAAUAUGGUUUGGAUUACCGCUUAACUUGAUCUUCUUUAGGACACUAAAGAAAAUUUUAUGCGAAAUUAUUUUAUGCAAAAUUGUAUGCAUAUUAGCUGGUGGCGCAUUGAAAGUGCAGUUUUAUAGCAGUCGUGUAGGUCUGAAUAUGUAUCUUUUUGCAACUUGUGAAUAUACUGUCGUUUUUGAACUGUAUUUUCCUUCAUCAAUUGAGAUUUCAACAGUCCAAAUAUCUUUUAUAACAUAGCGCGCGUGCUUGCCCUAUAGAAGUCCUACUGAGCCACGCGUAAACAAGAUGAAGUGAGAAUAUUUUUGCAAGUUCUCCGCAGUCUGUCUCCUCCAAUUGCACAGUGCACAGAAGCGUAAACAUUAUUUUGAACAAUCAAAACCCUUGCUAACCGCUCUUUUCUGUUUGUUCUUUGAAAUAUUGGGGAUAUAUGAAUGUGGUUUGGAUUACCGCUUAACUCGAUCUUCUUUAAUACACUAUAGAAAAUUUUUAUACAAAAUUAUUUUAUGCAAAAUUGUAUGCAAAUUAGCCGGUGGCGCAUUGAGUGUGCAGUUUUACAGCAGUCGUGUAGGUCUGAAUAUGUACCCUCUUGCAACUAGUAAGUAUAUUGUCGUAUUUGAACUGUAUGUUCCUUCUUUAAUUGACAUUUCAACAGUCCAAAUAUCUACUACAAGUAGUAUGGAGACAGUUUCAAGACCAUCAACUAAUACGUUUAGUGAUCACAGCCUAAGUAUAAUUCAUCUUCCUAAACUGACAAUAAUCCCGUCAACAUCUAAAAUCCUGUGUCUAAAAAUAUACAUUACGCCAAUAUAAAUAGAUUAAAUAACUAUAUUAUAAUUCGUAGCAAAUACUAUUAUAGAUAGAAAUAAGAGAGAUGGUAAGUUUUCUCUAAAUACUAUUAUGGUAACAAUUUGGAGCACAAUAAUUAACGAAAAAACCGUUAAACUUAUCUCAUGCAAACAGUAAAAUAACGUCGGCUACGUCACAUUUCGGUUUUAAAAGUGGAGGUGAAUUGAUUAUUCCAGAAACAAUUUUUUAUCAGAUUCUUUUCAAAGACAGCCCCAAGGCGUCUGAAAUUACUUUAAAUUUGAAGCUAACAAAUAAAAAUAUUGCAAACCGUUCUAGAAUUGUCAAUUUUGAAGAUACACGGGGUCGUUGGAUUGAUAUAUCUAUGUCUCAAGUUGUCGGCUUACCAAAGGGAGCAUCCAGAGCACUAGGUUUGAGUACCUGUUUGCUAGACGUGGAAAUUUAUCCAUCAUUUUUGAUUAUGAAACUAUAAAGUUAUAAUUUUCAACUGAUUGAUUAAAAUAAUUGAAUUCCUCCCCCACCCACCUCCCAGGGUUUACAUUCAUUCAAUUCUCUUCAAUGGACAUUUUGCUUUGACGUCGCAUUCUCAAGCGCAAAAUAAAUGUUCAAAAAUUUUAUGAAAGCUGCAUCAAAGAGUAGACACAAACAGUGGAAUCUAUAAAAGUGAACACUCAUGGAACGCAUGCUGCUUUCCGCUUGCUAUAAAAGAGUGAAUUGCGCAUUUGUGGUGGGCCUUUUAACCCCAGAGAGAACAGUGUAAGUAACGUGCUAUCUGUACACAUUUUUUUAUCAUUUUCUUUUCUUUAAUUCGUCAGCUUUUGCUUUAAAAUGUUAUGUCUGCGUGAAUACUGAAGACGGUUGUAGGAAGAGCAAGCUGGAAGAAAACAAAGUCAACUUUUUAUACACGUGUUCAGCUGACGACGGCGAUAGAUGCUUCAGAUCUUGGUAUAAAAGGAAAAAUUACGAUGCCAUGGUUGCGAUUGGAUGUGCUAAGCAAUCGUUCUGUGACACCCUAAAGUCCGCUUGUGAUAUAGCGAAAGAUGAUCCGGACUACCAAUGCGAGGUUAGCUGCUGUUCUGAGGAUGGAUGUAACGCAAGCUCAUAUUUCACUGCCAACAUCAUCCUGUUUGCCGUUUCCUCUUUCCUAGGCCUAGCACUGCUGAAGUAAGCAGUAAGCCGUGGAAGGCUUUACAAGUCUACUUUUCAUUUCGCUUAUUGCUCGUUUAAACUUAUUUUAUACUUAGUCGGCGUGGUCACCUAAAGUUUUAGAUGCACUCAGUUUUCAGAACAGUUAGGGCAGCGGAAUCUCUCGUGCACGUUUAGCACUGCUGGCUAUUAUUACUACUUUUUAAUCACUUUGCUAGUUUUCACUUUUUGUUUUUCCAUUAAA